CCGCCUCAGAUCGGAGGCACUUGUAAAAAUAAUAGGGUUUGUUUGGGUUAUUUGCAAACUAGUAAUUCGUACAUUUUACUACUUCUAUUUUAUUUUUUAAUCAUUAUCUAUCAAAAAAAAAAUCCUGUCAUUAUUGAUGAAGCUUAUAAAUUGCAUUUUUUGAACUAGUUUUGUAUAUUGUAGUGCUUGUGUCGAAGCCGGUAAACGGGUUUUGGACUGUAAUAUUUAAAUUGUUCCCAUAUAAGUGGCCCUGUUUUCGUUUAACGUUAAAAUCAUAUUAGUUUCAAUUUUAUUUAACAAUACCAUGGGCGUAAGAAAUUGCGUUAAAACUUGUGGUUAAAUUUGUGGUUUAUUUUAAGACAAACAAAAGAGAACACAUUCCCAUGAUGAGACGGCACAUUCUAAGGCUGUUUCGAGUCCGCAACUUAAUUAUAAUAACUGUAAUAAUUGGAACCAUAUACCUUGUAAAAUCCUUUAAUGAUGUUAAAUCUUUAGAACCAUUUAAACAAUCAUUGCUUGGUACUGUUGUAAAGCAAUAUUUCAUACCUUCCAGUUUGAGAAAAAUAGACUGGCAUGAUUAUAAGAAGAUAAAAUAUGAGAGAAAACAAAAGGGGAUUGGAGAGCAGGGAAUUCCUGCAUAUUUAUCGAAAAAUGAGGAAGCUCUUGAAAAAGAGUUAUACUCAGUAAAUGGAUUUAAUGGCGCACUCAGUGAUAAAAUACCUCUUAACCGAUCUUUACCUGACAUACGGCAUAUUAAAUGUCAGAAACGGUUAUAUACUGAAUCUUUGCCUACAGUAAGUGUGGUGGUACCGUUUCAUAAUGAGCAUUGGAGUACAUUACUUCGCACAGCUGUUAGUGUUCUUAAUAGGUCACCCGAGUUCUUAAUAAAAGAAGUAAUUUUGGUGGAUGAUGCUAGUACAAAAGAUUUCUUAAAAAAGAAGCUAGACGACUAUUUAUCAGCCAACUUACCGAAAGUGCGAGUGAUAAGGCUGCCAACUCGGAGCGGGUUGAUAACAGCUCGGCUUGCGGGAGCCAAGGCGGCUUCGGCUGAUGUCUUGUUAUUCCUGGACUCGCAUACAGAGGCAAAUGUCAACUGGCUACCUCCACUGUUAGAACCAAUAGCCCUGGAUCACCGCACAGUGGUGUGUCCAUACAUUGACGUGAUCGCCUACGACACAUUCGAAUACCGGGCUCAAGACGAAGGCGCGCGCGGAGCGUUCGACUGGGAGUUGUACUACAAGAGGUUGCCCUUAUUGCCAAAGGACAUCCGCAACAUGCCGGAGCCAUUUGAGAGUCCAGUGAUGGCGGGAGGUUUAUUCGCGAUGUCCCGAUCGUUCUUCUGGGAGCUGGGGGGCUACGAUCCCGGAUUAGACAUAUGGGGAGGGGAACAGUAUGAACUCAGUUUUAAGAUCUGGCAAUGCGGUGGUCGUAUGGUGGACGCGCCGUGUUCCCGCGUGGGGCAUAUCUAUCGCAAGUUUGCCCCUUUCCCCAACCCGGGUCACGGAGACUUUGUGGGACGCAACUACCGUCGCGUGGCCGAAGUUUGGAUGGACGAAUACGCUCAGUACUUGUACAAGAGACGACCUAACUAUCGCAACAUCGACACGGGAGACAUUUCCGAACAAAAGGCUCUGCGGGAGAGGUUGCGCUGCAGGUCCUUCAGGUGGUUCAUCACCCAGGUGGCGUUCGAUUUGACAGUGAAAUACCCUCCGGUGGAACCAGGCCCUUUUGCUGAAGGAACGAUAAAACCGGUGUCGAACCCGGAACUAUGCGUAGACGCACAUCGUGGCGCACAGAUGGACAAAUUGCUUCUAAAGAGGUGUACGGACAGUACAGCUAGCGAACAGAAGUUCAUGCUGUCUUGGCACAAGGAAAUUAGAUCGAAGAGUAGAAAUAUGUGUUGGGACCUUCCCGAGUCGGCUCCCAAAAGCCCAAUAUUACUGUACACCUGUCACCUGGGAGGAGGCAACCAGCUCUGGAGGUAUUUCCCGGACACGAAACGCUUGAAGCACGGCACAAAUGACAAUUGUCUCGACUGGGAUCCGAACUCACGGGACCUAUAUAUAAUGCCGUGUAGGGACUCCACCACUCAGCAGUGGAGUGUGGACCACGUGGAUUACGAUAUGAUGGGGAGAUGGGACAACGUGGCUAACCCAGUCACCGGACCCGUCGAAGAUAAUUAGCCUUGAUUAUUUUUUGAUGUGGAGUUCAAUAAUAUACGAAUUCCCGUAUCAAUUCGAAACUUGUAUGUUAUUUUUUUUAUAUAUCUAUUAUAAUGCAAUUUUUAUAAGUUUUUAGUCGAACAUAGUCCAUAAAAAUAUAAUUUAUUUUUAAUUACAUAGGCAAAGGAUUGGAUUGUAUGGAUUAUAUAUGUUUGUAAAUUGCUAUAGUUGGAAUUGUACAAAAAGGUAGCAUGUUUUUAUUAUAGAAAUAACAUUAUAUAACUUAAAAAUCAUUAAAAUUUUCCCUUUUUUUUUAAUAAAAUUAGUACCUGUAGCUAUGUAAUGAUUUUUUUAUAUAUGAUUAUUUAAAAUAUAUAUAGUUUUACGUUUGUUAAAUACGACGGGUGGUCAUUCCGUCCGUAUUUAAAAUAUAUUUAACGAUGUUUUAGAGAUUAAAUUGUUUAUUUAUUUUAAGCCAAAAAGUCGUAUAGACGAUCAGCAUGCUGUCUCUUUCUAGCAUUAUGUUAAAAAGGGACAACCUAUCACGAUAUUGUUACAACUAUGACCUGUCUUCUACAUAUAUUGUUGUAGUGCAUAAUAUACAUUUGCUCUAUAUAUAUAAAAUACUUUUUCAUUAAAAUAAAUGGGACAAACGGGCAGGAUCAGGUCACGUGAUGUUGAGUGAUCCCGCCGCCAGUGGACAUUCUCGACGUCAGAGGGAUCGCGAGUGCGUUGCCGGCCUUUUAUAAAUUUAUACGCUCUUCUCCUGACCUUAAGUCGGAAUGGAGUACUUUAGUGGGCAGCAGUUUUAAAAAUCCUCGAUCCUCGUGAUACGAGGUGAUUGGUAUCCGAACAACUGAUCAACUCUUCGUGGUAAAUGCGGUAGAAGAUGCAACUUCGCAACACCAAGAGAUCUUCUAUUUAUAGAAUAGAAGUCAUAGUUGUAACAAUGUCAUAGUGAUUUAUAUCCACACUAAGUCUGGAUUCACGCAAUACAUGUUUGUACACAAACUGUAUGUAGCGUCGUAUCAAUAUGUCAAAAUUAUUGUCUCGUCAAUGUUGUCUAUUAAAACUGCCAUUAUAUAGAUUAUUUUUAUACAUUACGUUUUUUGAAAUCGUUUGCAUUUUUUACUAUGUAUAUUGUGUUUUUGUUACUAAAUUAUUUAUAUCUACGUAAUUUUAAGA